AUGUUUAUGCUGCUGCUAGCUGGUGGUGGAUACACGGCUACGCCGUUGCAGGAUAUCAGCACAGAGGAUUUGCGUCAGAUCAUGACUGUCAAUUUUGAGUGGAACUUCUGGGCAUACCGAGCAACGAUUCCAUAUCUACUCAAUCAAAACGAUACACGCAGUACCUGGACUCUCUGCACAGGCUCUCAAGGCGAUCUAGGGGCUCGUGCCGCGCCCGCUAUGACACAGGGAGCAUUAUACUCCAUGGCCAAUGUGGCAUGCCGCGACAACUACAAGACGAACGUCCGUUUCAACGAGAUUUAUCUAGCAUUGCGUGUCGAAGUAGACGAGUCGGCAGCUAAGAAUGACACAAUGAAAGCUUCUGACUUUGCGAAGUGUUAUGCUGCUCUGCUCUCUGACCCUGGAGUUCGUAGUAGUCGGGUGAGCGUGUUUGGUUAUGAUGAUUUGGAGAAGUUGAAAUAUGAGACCAAAGUGCAGCUGUAG